CUACUUUCCUUUUAUUUCAUUUCUUCCAUGGCUGCCAAAGCUUGCGACGUCGAAGAACAACCGGAAAUUAAGGUUUUCGAUUACGCCAAAAGAGCACAGUGGCUUAGAGCCGCCGUAUUGGGCGCCAACGACGGCCUGCUUUCCACGGCAUCCCUCAUGAUGGGAGUUGGAGCCGUUAAAAAGGACGUUAAGACCAUGAUCGUCACGGGGAUCGCCGGCUUGGUCGCCGGAGCUUGUAGCAUGGCCAUCGGAGAACUCGUCUCCGUUUACUCGCAGUACGACAUAGAAAUGGCUCAAAUGAAGCGAGAGGGCAGGACUGAAAACAUGGGAACCAAGGAGCUUGAAGCCGAGAAGGAGAAACUACCGAAUCCGUGGCAGGCGGCCGGAGCGUCGGCGCUUGCGUUUUCUGUAGGGGCAUUGGUGCCGCUGCUGGGGGCGGCGUUUGUGAAAGAUUACGGUGUUCGGGUGGGGGUGGUGAUAGGGGUUGUAAGCUUUGCGUUGUUAGGGUUUGGAUGGUUAGGUGGCAUGCUUGGUAAGGCACCUGCGCUGAAGGCGUCUUUGAGGGUUCUCGUUGGUGGUUGGAUCGCCAUGGCUCUUACUUUUGGUUUAACCAAGCUCGUUGGUUCUACUGGACUCUAAUUUUAUUUUCAUUUUCCUUAUUUCUUCUUCACAAUAUUGUAUUUCAGAUCUUGUACUAGCAAAGAGACAUAUGUAUACCAACUGAUAAAUUAAUCUUUCUGCAAUUUA